AUGACGAGUGGAGAAGUCAGGGCGACAGCCCAGCACGGAUCCGUCUAUCCUCUUCCAUACCAUGAUGGAGAAAGACAGCGUCUGAAGAAGCAGCACAACGGCCUGAUGGGAAUCAUGCACAACGAGCCCAUCCACUCUCCAAUCUCAUCUUUGAGACCCAAGAAGAUUGUGGACGUGGGCUGCGGGAUAAAUGCAGACAUGACGAUGUACUUUGCCAAACGGUUUCCCGAUGCUCAGAUAUACGGGGUAGAUUUAGCCCGCGUCGAUAUGCCCAGGGAGCAGAUCCCUCCGAACGUGGUCUUUAUCCAGGGAAACAUCACCACACUCGUCAACUCCGAUCCGAGACUGGCAAGCGGAUCGGUGGAUUUCCUAUACAGUCGAUUGCUCGCGUCCGGGAUGCAGGAUUGGAGGGCAUACAUCCAGUGCGUAACCUCUCUCCUUCGAGCGGGUGGUAUCCUCGAGAUGCACGACCUUGCAGGCCUCACUUUGAUGGAGGGCGAGGUGCCUGCUUUCGAGGAAUCAAAGUGGAGUAGGUACUACCGCGAAAACGGUGUGAAGAAGUUGGGUUUGGACAUGGAAUUCGACAARGCCGACGUCAUCAUGAAAGGCCUCGGGUUGAAGGACGUAAGCAUCAAGCAGUAUCGCCUACCGUGGGGAGCGGCAAAGGAAGAAUCAGAGCAUGCAUGGGACUCCGAGGGUAGAGCACAGUGGUAUGCCGCAUUGGUCAUGUUCAUGACGAAUCUGGUAUCGGAUGAGGAGCAGGCUGUACGAGACGAGAUCCUGGCCGAGUUCCAUGGACAGGCUUCCCCGCCGCGGGAGGGAUUGUAUUUCCCAUUUUACGUUGCUUGGGGAAGCAAGCCAUGA